AUGACUGAAGAGACAGAGAAUCGCAUCAACCUCGAAGACAAGAGCAAUCAAGCAACGAGCGACAUGGCCGAGAAUCAGGAACAGAAACAGGACGAGACACAGGCCCAGUCAAAAGAGGGCGGUGGUAGCUGGUAUACCAAACCUGAAAAUAUGGGCAAUAAUGCAGGAGAGUGGGUGGAGGGCAAACUGAAUCCUGUUGGAAAGUACACCGGUAAAGGUCUGGAAACAGUCGCAAAGCCAGUGGGCGGAAUCGUCGAUCCUUUAGUCGGAGGUGUCAUGAAAGGAGGAGAGGCCUUUGGUGAUCAGUUCGGCUUGGGCUUCGGGAACAAAGAAGGUGGACCGGCGAAGCAACAAGAAGCGGAGGGAGAAAGAUUGAAACAGCCUACAGCUGGUCAAGAGCAAACCGGAGAGAACCCGCUUGGACUGAACAGCAAGGCUACGUAG